UUAAAAAUAAAUAUUAAAGUUUUUAAGAAUCUCAAAAAGAGCAACUAUAAAACAAAAUUUUAAAACUUAAACAAAAAUAUUAAAAGCCAACGAAAUCAAGACCAGAUAUUAUCGCAAAAAACAAUAGUUAACAUUUUAUCAAAAUAACCUAUCAAAAAACAUCCCUAAUUGGUAUAAUAAACAAUUUAAAUUUCCACAUAAAGUCUAAAAGUCACAAAAACAGAAACAAAGCAUAAAAAAUUUUAACGAGAACAAUUAAACUUCCAUUUACAAAAAAUAAGCGAUUUAAUUUCAGUGAUGAGCAAUUAAAAUUCCUGAAAAGCGAAAAAAAUAACGAAAUAUUAAAUUGUCAACAAGUGUCGAAAUAUAAGCGCCAGUAUAAAUUGCGAAUUGUGAGACAAAAGAAAAUGCUUUAACUCAAAACAAACGACAAAGAAAAGCGCACAAUAAACGCGAGUGAAAGAUAUAAAAACAAAGAGGAGAACAAUUUCUAGAAAAGCGCCAAUAAAAAAAACAAUGAGUUCCCCGCGGGGAAGCCGAAUGAUCUUCAAAAUGUAUUGGCUAAUUCUGAUGCUAAUGCCCCUCAGUUGGGCCAACAGCAGUGAUCUGAAGGGAACCCCGAUAAUAACCACAGUGGCUCCUCAUCGAAGUGCCCAUCAGCAGCAGCGGCUGCAGCAGCUGCAGGAGGCGCAGCAAUUGGAGGCGCAGCAGCAGCACCAUCAUCACUUGCGGCACGAGCAGCACUUGCGAGCCGAGUUGGAGGGGGGCAACCGCCAACCACCUUCGCUCGUGGACUCCGAGGUGGGUGGAUCUAAGGGAUUGGAUCCACAGCUGCCUAUGCAGCAGCACCACUUGCGCCACCACAAUCGCCACCACUUGAGCUGGGAGCAGAGGGUGUUUCCCUCGCUGCGACACCAGCAACAUCGCAUGACCAUUGCCACCAGCACCGCCAGAAGUUUGGUGACCACCGAUGCACCCACGACCACGCGACGUGGCCUGAUCUCGAACCACACUCGCUACUUCGACAGGGAGGGCAUCUUCCCCUCGUGGGCUGAGCCACGAUCCACCCGAGGACCCAACUGGCGACAGGAGGUGGACCUGAGCUCCUCGGACGAGGAUAGUGAUGAGGACGACGACGAGGACAACGAUGAUUACGAGUACGACGAUGACGAGGAUUUGAAUGCUGUCGAUGAGGAAUUGGCCCGCCAAAUGCCCAGAUACUCUCUGUUUGCCCAGAAAAUGCCACACAUUGGAAUUAAAGAUACAGAUUAUAAUGCCUACGAUCAGUCGGAUGAAUUGGAUGUAGCUGCGAAUAAUAAUAAUCACAAUAAUAACAGACAUCCCGGAGUGGCCAAUCCGCAUGAUAAGUUCGCUGGCAAGCGCAACAUCUUCGAUUGGCUGUUCAAACAAGACAAGGAAAAAGAGCUGGUCCAGAAGCCCCACACCACAAGUAGCCCCAAGACCACCACUUCGACCACAACAACAAAGCCGUUAAUACGAACUGAAAGGCCGAAACUGCAAUUAAUCGAUGCCAAUUUGAAGAGCAACGCCGGCGAGGAGGAGUACUCGAUGGAGGACUCCGAUUCGGAGUCGGAGGAGGGCUUCUCCAACGAGCAGUGGAACAAGAUCGAGCACGAACACCAUCUCAAGCAGCAGAAGCACCAGAAGGAGUUACUGGCGAUGCGGGAGAAGAGCAGGAACACCCCGCUCAUCAGGAACAUUGAAAAUGAGGAUGCGGAGAACAUUUACUCACGCAACUACGUGGCUGGAAAACUAAGUCAGCGGAAGGAGGAGCAGCUGGGAUCCCCCGAGGCGGCACUCAAAGCGCGUCGUCUGCACGCUCAAAAGCUGAAAGCGGAAAGAGCCCUCGCCCACGCCCACAUGAACCAGGUGUUGAAGGAGGCCACCUGCCGGGUGCCCCAGCGGCGCUGUCAGCUGGUCCAGCAGGACCCCUCGAAGAUCUACUCGCCCCACUGUACCAUCCUGCACCGCUGCAGCGAGGACAGUGGUUGUUGUCCGAGCAGAAGCCAGAUCUGCGCCGCCAAGAGCACCCACAACGUCGAGCUGCACUUCUUCGUGAAAAGUCCCAAGCAUCGCAGCGUCAUCGAGAAGCGAACCUUUGUGAAUCACACGGAGUGCCAUUGCAUCGAGCGAUCGAAUUUCAACGAGGAGACGGCCAUGGCCAAUUACGGCCAGUCGGUGGUGCGGGCCACCAUACUGAGUUGCACCUGUCCGCGGAGCUUCGAGAAGAUCCUGCAGGACGACGGCCAAUGCAGAUGCGAUUGCAGUUCCGGAAACUACGAUUGCGAUUGGUUAAAGAGGGGAAAUGAGCACUUCGCCAUGAAUGAUAGAAAGUGCAUACAACAGGGUCGCUGCAAACCGCCCACCUGUGAAUUUGGUCCCUACAUGGAUAAACACGGUCGCUGUCCCAAACAACACGAACAACCCGCCUAUAAUGCCAUGUCAUAAGCUAUCCAUCUCACAGGGGAAGAGCUAGCGAAACCGGGAAAAGUAUUAUUCAGUCUGUGGCAAACUCAAAUCCAGACAGAAAGGAAAACGAGGAAAACUCGCACUUCCUGUCUAGAGUAAAAGCGAAAAGAGAGACGUGAAUUUAGUUGCAUAUCCUAUACAAAACAAUACGAAAGUAGAACGAAGCAGAAUCUAUUUAUACACGAGGAUGGGUCGAUUAGUAGAAGGCAUUUUAAAAACUUUAAAAUAUUCUCUCAACUCUUUUUGGUUCAGAAAAUAAUUAAAAUAAAUUUUCCUUUCAUUACAAACCUAUUUUUCCAGUUUUAAAUUAAAACUAGAAUACCAAACAUAGCAAAUACCAAUUAAGAACUUUCUUAAAACAUAUAAUUUAUUUUAAGCUUGCCAAAAAUCGACCUAGCCUAAGAUACACUUAUAUCAGCUGAUUGUGUAUUAGAUUGUAUUAAGACCACAAUACUGCUUAUCCUCAAUCCGAUAAGCUGCAAAAAAAUUGUCACUUAUGAAAAUCUAUAUCUAAAAAAAGGAAACAAGACUUUUUUGCGCAUGUUUUACUCAAAUGGAAAACACAUAAAACAAUAUGAAACUGUAGCACUGUUCAUUAAUGUUUUAAUAUACAAAUCCGUAAGCAAACCCGAAUAAAUUAUGUGUAUUUUAUGCGUAUGCUAAAUGAAAUUCCAAAUAUAUAAAUUGACUGCGUUUUUAGUUUUAACUAAAUAAUGUUAUGUUAUUUAAUUAUAAUAAACACACGAACGAGAAAACAAAAACAAAUCAUUAAAAUUACAUUUUAAAUAUAUAACUUACCUAUAUAUUUACGAGCAAAUAUAUUAUUCAUGUUAUUUAAGCUAAGUUUUAACAAAGAAACCACCCAAAAAAAAAAACAAAAUUAAAUUUUCAUAUUUAAUUUCUAGUCAAAUUUUAAUUUUGUUUUUCCAUUGCCACGAGUGUUUAAUCGUAUGUAAAUUCCGCCAUUCAAUUCACGAAAGCAAAGGCAUUUAAGCGGACAACCCAAAAUAUAGAAAUUAACCCAUAAAAAUAGCGCGAUAAAUGUAUAAACCGUUAAAACGUCAACUAGCCCACAAAGUAUAUUGCUUUUUUCCUGCAUUUGAUAGAAAAGUUAAGACACACUAACAAAAUCUUAAAUAUUGCAUAAGUACAUCUUGAGGAAAACCGAUUUUAAACGAAAUUUCAUUAUCAUUUGCUUCGUGCACACCCUUAAGUUUAAGUUGAACUAAACAGUUCCGAUAUUGAGCACUGUAUAUAUAUAUUUUAGAUUAAACCUACAUUUAGGAGGCACCCAAUUUAAAUGUACUUGGCACGGAUUAUGGCGCAAAAUUAUUUGGCGACAGAGAAAUUAUUCCCAUAUUGCAUGUCGCAUUUGCAUUUUAAUGAUAUUUGCCUGCUGGCGAUCGAUGAGCUCAAUUAAUUAUUUCUGUGGGAAUUUUGGGGCUUUAAUUAUUGUGAAUUUAUUUACCAUUAGCCAGACACCAAAUGCCGUUGAAUGACCAGUGCCUCAUUUUUAUUUACCCUACUUUAUCACAUGUUUGCCAUAGUUUAUGGGCAAUCUAUUUGCUCAAGGUAAAAUAUUUAUUCAAGUUCGCACCCCAAUCUCAAAUAAGCAUACGCAUAUAGAAACGCAAUCUCAAUGCAACGUUAAAUUUGGCAUGAAUAUUUCAAUAAAUCUGUGUAAUUGUUUAUAGAAGCUACGACAAGAUACCAAGCAGAAUAUACGAAAGAUUACAUUUCACAAUGAUUUUAUUUACAACUUUUAGCAUAAAUUUUAAUGUAUAAAAAACGAAUGUAAGCGUUAAGCUGAAAAACAAACCAUUACUAAUAAAUGAAACAUAUUAUUACUAUGCAAAAAUCCAAAUAAAUAUGAAAGUGAACAAAAACAAA